UAAAACUGAAUGAAGAGGCUCGUUCUGGUGAGAUGGGACUCGGUGAGAGACGAGCGCACAGCUUUGGAACUGAGAAGAAUUACACAAAUAAAAGCAACAAAUUAAAACGAGGAUUGGAGCUGCUGGACGGAUGGUUUUAUGAAAAUGGCUCUCAUCAGGCGCUACUCGGAUGUGAUGACAAUGCCGGACUCUUUCAUUCAGCGCCAGCAGCUGGACGCCAGCAUGGCUGACACCUUCCUGGAGCAUCUCUGCCUGCUGGACAUCGACCAAGAGCCGAUCACAGCCCGCAACACCAGCAUAAUCUGCACCAUUGGCCCAGCAUCUCGAUCCGUCCCGAAGCUCCAGGAGAUGGUCAAGGCGGGGAUGAACAUCGCUCGUCUAAAUUUCUCUCAUGGAUCUCAUGAAUAUCACAGCGCGACCAUUAAAAACAUCAGAGAGGCAGUGGAGACCAUGACAUCUGACCCUUUGUAUUAUCGAGCGGUGGCCAUUGCUCUGGACACGAAGGGCCCAGAGAUCCGCUCUGGUCUGGUGAAAGGGAAAGUGGAAGAAGAGGUGGAGCUGGUGAAAGGCAGCCAUGUCAGAGUCGUGACCGCAGAGAGUGACAAAGACAAGACAGACGGGAAGAUAAUCUGGGUGGACUAUCCCAACUUGCCUAAAGUCCUGGAAAAGGGAAAAAAGAUUUACAUUGAUGACGGCUUGCUUGCACUGAAAGUAUUAGAAACAGGUUCGGACUGGGUGGAUACGGUGGUGGAGGCCGACGGCGUCCUCUGCAGCCGUAAAGGCGUCAACCUGCCCGGCUGCGAUCUGAUCGGCAUGCAGGCGGUCAGCGCGCAGGACGAGGCCGACCUGAAGUUCGGGGUGUCUCAUGGCGUUGACAUUGUGUUCGCCAGCUUCAUCCGUUCAGCCCAGGAUGUGAAGGAAGUGCGUCGGGCUCUGGGGCCUCACGGUCGACACAUCAAAGUGAUCAGCAAGGUGGAAAGCAGACAGGGAGUUAAGAACUUUGAGGAGAUCCUGGCGGAGAGUGAUGGUGUGAUGGUUGCCAGGGGUGACUUGGGAAUUGAGAUUCCUGCUGAGAAAGUCUUCAUCGCCCAGAAGAUGAUGAUUGGGCGCUGCAACUCUGCUGGAAAGCCCGUCAUUUGUGCCACACAGAUGUUGGAAAGCAUGGUUUCUCACACACGGCCGACCCGAGCGGAGAGCAGUGACGUGGCCAACGCCGUGCUCGAUGGAGCCGACUGUGUGAUGUUAUCUGGGGAGACCGCCAAGGGACACUUUCCUUUAGAGGCAGUAGCAAUGAUGCACUCAAUCUGCAGGGAAGCAGAGGCUGCCAUCUACCACCACCAGCUGUUCGAGGAGCUGCGUCGGCUUACCCCUCUGUCCUCUGACCCCACAGAAGUCACUGCAAUUGGAGCUGUGGAGUCGUCCUUCAAAUGCUGUGCAGGGGCAAUUAUAGUCCUCACCACCAGCGGCAGGUCAGCCCACCUCCUGUCCAGAUACCGGCCUCGCUGUCCAAUCAUCGCCGUCACCAGAAGCCCUCAGGUGGCGCGUCAGUCCCAGCUGCUGAGAGGCGUAUUUCCUGCUCUUUUCCACCCUCUUCCUGCUCCCGUCUGGGCCGAUGAUGUUGACAACAGGGUCAACUUUGGCAUGGAAAUAGGGAAAGCAAGAGGAUUCUUCAAGUCAGGAGACAUGGUGAUUGUGGUGACGGGCUGGAUCCCAGGAUCCGGUCACACCAACAUCAUGAGGGCAGUGAGCGCCUAGCAUCUACGCCUUCUUACCAGAUCCUAAAUCUGACCCCCCGUCUGCGCUGGGAUGGCUUUAUGGUGAAUGUAAUUGGUGAAUGUGGUUUUCACUGCAGCACUGUCGCAGUUGGUGGUAUUAUGAGGAAACAUGCACUGGUGAAGCUGGUCUCAUGUAUGAUGAAUGACUCCUUCAAAUAAAACUUGAAGCUUGAA